GAUACGAUGAUGUUUUUAAAAAUUAUUGUGACUUAGUCAACCACCAACAUGCAAAAGCGUGUUUCACCCGGCGAAAGCGUGAGAGUUGGCAGCUCUGCGUUAAUCUCGCGAUAAAAAAAUUAACGGCGUUAAAAUGGGUUUGCGUUAACGCCGUUAAUAACGCGUUAAACUGACAGCACUACAUUAAACUAAAUAUUCUUUCUUAGCUCCCCCCUCUUCCCACCAUCACGCACAUACACACACUGAACAUAGCACAUCCCCAUGGACUCAAACAAGUUCGGUCUUGUGCUCUUUUGAAAGGUGACAUUCUGAACUUUCCCCCGCAAAAAAAGUCACAAUCACUUGAAGUGCUACUGGCAUUGAGUAAAAGCAGUUGGCACACAGUGGAGUAGAAGGUUUUUAUUUCCGCUUGAAUAUUUUUUAAUAAACAGAUGCCUGCAGAUGACUCUAGCUUGGACUUAUGAGCUGGAAAACACAAUGGGACCCUAGCAUGAAGCCUUGAAUAGCCCAAGUUCAAAUUUGAUAACAAUACCACAGAAAAUGUAUAUUUGACAGAUCUUUUCCUAAGGGCAUGUCUAGGCGUUUUUCCACAAAGGCCAUUUGGAGACUCCAAAGGACCCUUUGUAACCAUGGUAGCCAACCAUGCUAAAUAGGCUAAUUUUACACUCAAACGUUUAUAUAAAAGAAACAAAACAGCCACACAGUGAAACACCUCCUUUGAGUUCCUUUGGUGACCAGAGAGAUCAGAGACAUUGGCGCCAUCUUUAAUCAGCAGCUACUUCCUUUGAGUUCCUUUGGUGACCAGAGAGAACAGAGACAUUGGCGCCAUCUUUAAUCCGCAGGUUACUUAACUGACCACUGAAGAGACACUUCUCAGUUUACUCAAACAGUUCAACAUGACAACAAGUCAAGAUAGCUCUACAAGUCAGACAUCAGGAACACAACAACAACUCCAUCUGUCAACAGCUGAGCGAAUCAUGAUUCUAGACAAACGCUCCAAAAGCAACUUGCAGCCAAACUCAGUGAAUGCAAUGGCGGACCUCCUGCAACAAUUCAAAGGCUCAAAGUCAAAGAAUUUGAAGCUGUCGCUGGAGAACCAAGCUCUCAAGCAGGUACAGAGACGACUUAAGUCCAAGCUGCAGAAAAAGGACAGCAUGUUGAUAAUGAAGGAGGAUGUCGGCAGGGAAAGAGAUAAAGUAAUCGCUACUUUACAAAGUGAAAAGGUUGCGCUGGUCAAUAAGAAUGAUGAGCUCACGGCAAAACUGAAGACCGCACAGAAUCAGAACCGUGAUUGCAAGACUGCCUGUAACCUCAGAGUCGACUACCUUGAGGGUCUGAUAUGGAAGGGUCAGUCGGAGAAUUCCAUCUGCUUUAAAAGAACCAAGGAGCUGGAGAGCCUGGUUGAAGCCAAAGAGAAGAAGUGGCUCAACGUGCAGGAGAACUUGCAAAAUAAUGUUGAGCUCACGGAAAAACUGAGGGCCAUGCAGACUCAGAUUCAUCAGCUUGAGUCUGACACAGUCCUUAAAGUCAACACUCUGGAGGAUCAGCUCAGGAGUGAGCAGGUGGAGAAAGAGACCUGCCUUCAAAAGAUCAAAGAGCUGAACAGUCCGGUUGAAACCACAGAGAAAAAGUGGCUCAACGUGCAGGAGGACUUGCAAAAGAAUGUUGAGCUCAGGGCAAAAAUGUGCACCGCACAGACUCUGAUCGACGAUUGCAAGGCUGCCUGUAACCUCAACACCGACUACAUCAAAGGUCUGGUAUUGCGGGUUUCCGUCUUCUCUGAAAGAGUCAAGGAGCUUGAGAGUCUGGUUGAAACCUCAGACCUUAAAGUCAACACUCUGGAGGCUCAGCUCAGGAGUGAGCAGGUGGAGAAAGAGACCUGCCUUCAAAGAACCAAGGAGCUGGAGAGUCUGGUUGAAACCACAGUGAAACCACCCAAUGUUCAGAAGAUGGAGGAGGAUAUUAAGUUCCUCAUCGUGAAGUCUAUUAAGCUUCAGGAGCUGGCUCUCAUGUCAGACAGCGACAAAGCCAAAAGAAGGGAGGAAGAAAGAAAAGUUCAGAAGAAGCAGGAGAAGAUCGAGAAAGAUAAAAGAGAGAUGGAGCAGAAAGACAAGAAGCAUCAGGAGAAGAAGAAGCAGCAGAAGAUUGCAAAAGAAUUAAUAGAGAAGCUGAGAGUGAGAAGAUAAAAGCUGAGCUUCCCUGCUAAAUUUCUAUUGUAUCUGCUUGUAGGUUAAAGAAAAAAAAGGAACUGCACACAUAUACCAAGCUUCAUUAAUAAUUGACUAAUCUAAACCUAUGAUUCAAUUUUAGGACUUCAGAAACGUCAUAAAGAUAUUGUCAUUGUCUUAAUAUAGAAAAUAUAUUGUUUUAUGUGAUUUUAAACACUAUUAGUUACCGUACAGCGGUAAACAUACCUGAAACCCCAUGUAAACUAGAUCCAGACUUUUAUUUGGAUCUGCAUGGAAUUUGCAUAGAUUCUUUGAUAGUUAAUAAUAUGUCUGAAUUUCUAAAUCAAUAUUCAUACACAAUUAACUGAGGAAUCAAUGGAAUUGUUGAAAAGUGUUCAAUCUCACAAUGUUAAAGACACGGAAUUCGUUUUUUUUAAAUGUUUUUUUCUCUGACUCAUAACAUCUUUCCACUUAAAGUCAUUGAAAUCUGUCAAAUAUCUUUUUUGCUGUGAACAAAUAAACGAAUGCAGAAGAAAACAAAACCUUGUCGAAGGUCAUUAAACAUCUUCUCUCACUUUAACAUUGUGUAAACAACAUCGUGAUCCAACAUAUUACUUUUCAUUUCUUUAAAGAGAGGGACAGAGCUGUCAUCAU